CGCGUCGCGUCAACAUGUUGUAUAUCAUGCGCCGACAACAUCGUCCAUCGAACCUUAUACAGACCAUGACAAUUUUUCCGCCUCUAAAAGACAUGUCGAUCCAACGGAUGUGAUUUCGCACCUGCCCUGGCGAGGGUGAGAUCGUCUUCGAAACAAAUCCCCGCUCGUUUCAUCUGCAAGAAACAAAUGAUCUCCAUAUGGGCAUGGUUUAGGGCAUACUUGAGGCAGGAACGACUGACGACUAUAUAAUGGAGCUCGAGAUGACUACCCACUGCCAUUAUUUCACGCUUCAUUCUUCUCAUUGUCAUCUCUUCUAUUCUCGACUUCUCUUCAAUUCUCAAGAUGCAUCUUCCUUCGCUUCUUCUUGCCGCUGGUUCGGCAAGUGUUGUUCUUUCUCAGCCUCUUACUCGUCUCAGCCAACGUUCAAGCAAGCUUCAAUUUGUCGGCAUCAAUGAGUCCGGGCCUGAAUUUGGCGAGGCAAACAUCCCUGGCACCUACGGAACUGAUUACACCUGGCCCGACCUUUCUACCAUCAGCACCUUUGUCAACAAGGGUAUGAACACCUUCCGUGUCAACUUCUUGAUGGAACGACUGGUACCUAACGAGAUGACCGGCUCGCUGGAUGCCGCAUAUCUCGGCAACCUGACUGAGACCGUGAAUGGUAUCACCAAACUCGGUGCCUAUGCCAUCAUCGUCCCUCACAACUACGGUCGCUACAAUGGCGAGAUCAUCACGUCAACCGAGGAUUUUGCUGCGUUCUGGAAGACGGUCGCUGCUGAAUACAAGGAUAAUGACAAGGUCAUUUUUGACACUAACAACGAAUUCCAUGAUGAGUCUUCUACUCUUGUUGCUCAACUCAAUCAAGCUGCCAUCACUGCCAUCCGCUCUGCUGGUGCUACAUCGCAGUACAUCACCAUCGAGGGCAAUGCUUACACCGGUGCUUGGACUUGGACCACCACUCAGGGCACCGAUGGCAAGACCAAUGGCGAAACCAUGGGCUCUCUGACCGACACUGUCGAAGACAAGCUCAUCUAUCAGAUGCAUCAAUACCUUGACUCCGUACGCAUCCCUCUACCCCCACUCCCCAUCACUCGUAGCUGAUACAUCGCACAGGACGGCUCCGGCACUUCUUCAACCUGCGUUUCCCAAACCAUUGGCAGUGAACGCCUUCAAGCCGCAACAACCUGGCUUCGUGACAACAAGAA